AUGCUCUGUUCGAUCUACACCUUCCACACGUUUGGAACGACCUUCAGUCCCGCUUCCGCCGUGCUUCUGCUUCUUCUUCUGACCUCGGCGUUGGCGCCGGCGGUCUCGGCCUCCUGUAGGUGCACCGCUCCGUUCUCAGAUGGACGGAUCAACUGCAGCUCACAGGGUCUCCGGAGGAUCCCAGACUUCCCGGUUCAGACCACGGAGCUCCAUCUACAGAACAACCGUCUGAGCACGGUGCCGCCGGGUCACUUGGACACGCUGCAGUCCCUCCGUCUGCUGGAUCUGUCGGCGAAUCCGUUUCACUGCGGCUGUAACAUUCAGUACCUGAGGCUCUGGCUCCGGAGGAACGGGGCCGCGGUCAGAGCGCAGCCCACGUGUGCCAGUCCGGCGGCCUUGGCGCGCAGGACGGUGGCGAGUCUGAGCGAGGCCGAGCUCUCGGGCUGCGUGAGGAACCCGUGUCCGGGUACCGGUUAUAACCUGGCAGCGGGGUUCAUGCUGAGCGUCCUCGUGGCGCUGCUGGUUUGGUGUCUGCGCCUGGCUAAAGGAUUAUCGUUUACUCUGGGCAUCGGAGAGAAGCACGCCGGCUUCGAGGCCGAAUCUCUGCGCUCGCUCAAACCCAAACACAGGGCGAGGGUAAGGGGUAUGGGUCACGCCAACGGGGAGCUGGAGAGACCCCUGCUGGACAUGGACAUCCUGCCGCAGAUCAUCGACACGCUGCACAGGCAGCACAACAUCAAGAUCAAAGAAAUGUGAAUCUGAGACUGGACCGCAUUUCCCAUCAUCCUUUGCUCUUCAGGGUCACAUAAAAGCUGCAUUCAAUGAUCUUGAAUAACCAUGUUAUCCUGAUCCUGAAGGACAGGGCGGGACAUAUUCAUCGUUGUCCUGAAAACAGCAAAUCUACCUACUGGCAUGUUUUAGGAGGCGACCUGACCAUGAGCAUGCUGGACGUCCCAGUCCGAAACAAACUGUACUAAAAUAGAGCGACCUCCGUGUGACCGUUCCAGCUAUAUGGAAAUGUGUGCCCAUUCUGUCAAAGGAUUCAUACAGUACUCAAAUGGUUGGUCAGAAAAGCUGGUGCUAUCGACCAGUCAGGCGUCUACAUACAGACAUGAUUACUCACGUUUGCAUUUGCUUUUAUCUAAAGCGAUUUACAAUCAUAACUGAAUACAGUGUGAGCAAUUGAGGGUUGAGGGCCUUGCUCGGGGGGCCCAACAGUGGCAACUUGGCUGGGGUAGGGCUUGAACCGGCAUCCUUCUGAUUAUCGAUCCGAGCGCUCGGCGACUGAAGAGAGAUAUCUAGCAUGUCCAAUAUCUGGAUACGAGUUGCCCAACUGGCAAUAAGUGCUAUGUGGAACAGCCAAUGAGAACGCAAGAUACGGUGUGAGGUGAAGGGCAGGGGCAUAAUAUAGUUUAUAUCAGAAUACAUCAGCACACACACGACCAUCAUACCAACGCUGCAUUGCGAAACUAUUUAUUAACCUCCAACUCACUAUAGAACAGAACAGACGCCCCCUGCUGGACACGCAGCCCAAUCCACUCAGAUUAAUUUAUUUUUCCUCUUCGCUUUUACGCUGCACAUCAGAGAACAGCUUAGAUCUCUCGCUCACUGUUGACGCGCAUUUUUGGACGUGGUGUCACUAAACCCCUCGUCACUUCUCGCGCGUGUUUUCGUGACUAAACGUAAUUUGGGAGAGCAGAGAAGCUCGCCUGCGAUUGCUCCCGGUGAUGGAUGGUGUCGUGUGAAUCCCCCUCUCGCCGGUCAAUCGUGUAGUGUGAGAGCCACACCGACUUGAAAGACUCCCGACUGCAAGAGAUCCAGUCGUGUAGUGUGAACUUGGCGUAACUGCCAGAGCCAGAGCCACCGCGAUUCAAGCAAAUUGAAUAAAACGAAUAAAAAUAAGAAAGAGACACGAACACAGUCAGGCUCUCGAUCCUCCUCCAGCUUUAUUGAUAGUUUAAAAUUACAUUUUCUAUGUUACAGGACUCACGUUUGCAUCCGAACUUCCUUCCGACUUAAAAACCGAGUACAAGCGAAAUGAUAAUCUUACAGUCCGAGUGAUAUCGUACAAAAAUAACAUCUGAUUUUUUAGGUUCUUUUUUUUUUUUCCUCUGUGAGAAACGUUCUGCUUUAGCAAAUCAGCCAGAAAUCCACAAGCUUACUGGUCUUGAUCAUUUAUAUAAGAUAGAAAUUAUUGUUAUUCUUUUUUAUUGUGGGAAUUUAGGCGAUAACGAGCGACGUUUGCGCAACUCACAAACUGACGACUGUACAAAACAAGUCAAAAUUGAAAAAACGAAACCAAAAAAAGACCAAAAGAACGAAGGAUUUCUCAUUAUUUCUAAAUUCUGCGUCGUCGGCGUUAUUACGGAACGUUUUCUUGAUCUGGGCGGGGCCGGAUUAAGGUUAAGAUGAAUCCCUGUGUGUGCGCGCGCGCGAAUGGUUAUCCAGUCGUACUCUCUCUUAAGCCGAGUCGUAUUUUCCCAACUUUAUUCGAAAAACAGUCAAACAAACAAUCAAAAAAAAUAAAUCGAGGCUUCCUGAUGGCCUGCGGAGGCUCUGAGCGUCGAGGUCCUACACGAGCACGCCGUCGCCGAUCUUCAGGGGGAGGUUAAACGAAGCACUAUACAGACCCCUCGACCCAAAAUGAAACGCGCCUUUUAACCCGAACGCAGAAAAACAACCCACAAUUUUUUUUCCAGCCCCCUUGUUUUCGUUAUUGGUGUGAGCGUGUGGAGCGGCUCGCCGGAUCGGGACGGGGCGCCGGCCGAUGAAGAGGAUUCCGAGAAAAUGAUACAGCCAACCAUCAAUGUGAGAAAGGAGGGGCGGGCGAACGGGAGCGGCGCUUACGCCGAGGCCUCGAUGGUGCACUCCCGCGCCAGGUGACCCGUCUUGCCGCAGUUGUAGCAGUUCACCUCGCUGGCUUUGCUGCACUGCACCGCCACGUGGCCGAUCUCGCCGCACCUGAAAGACACAAGCGAGCAGUUAUGAACAAGCACUUCACUCCUAGUUAUACCACGUGUGACCUGUAUGUGACAAAUAAAACUCUGAAACUUGAAA